GAAUUACAUGCGCAAGAUAGAGAAUUUUAGCUGACAGAGCAAAAGUACGAACUGUGGUAAAUAUUCUUCAGUUUUGGGUGAAAAUAACCUAACAAAAUGAGUUUCUCGUUAUCAAGCGGAUGUAUUGAGGCGAUAUCUAGUGGUGAUACUCCACAAAAGCCUAUAUUCCAGAUUUUGGGAUUAAAAAAGAUUAGUUCAACAGUACAAAGCAGCACCGAUAGAUAUCGCCUACUCUUGUCAGAUGGACAGAGAAGUCAUUCUGCCAUGUUGGCAACCCAGUUGAACAAAAAAGUAACAGAUGGAGAGUUAUCAGUGAGGAGUGUUAUCCAGUUGAAUAAAUACAUCUGUAAUACUAUAGCUGAUAACAAACGAGUGAUCAUCAUUUUAGAAGUUAAUUUGAUUGCUGGUCAGAAUCAAGUCCAGGAUAAGAUUGGCAACCCAGUACCCAUAGGCCAGCCAGCUCCACCAGCUCAACAAAAUGGACAGGCACCACAUAAUGCACAAACAGGUCGAGGUGGGUUGAUGAGUAGUCGACCUACCACAACAAUGCCGUACAAUGCUGCCAAUGAGAUGCCAAAGAUGCCAACCACACCAAGUGGAGGAAUGUCUAAAGUCUUUCCUAUUGCCAGUCUUACACCAUACCAAAACAGAUGGACAAUUAGAGCACGUGUAACUAAUAAAGGCAACAUUCGGCAUUGGAACAAUUCCCGGGGUGAAGGCUGUCUCUUCUCUAUGGAUUUAAUCGAUGACUCAGCAGAAAUCAGAGCCACUGCCUUUAAUGACCAAUGUAAGAAAUACUUUGAUAUGGUGCAAGUUGGUCAGGUUUAUUUAAUAUCGCGAGGAACACUAAAGACUGCCAAUAAACAAUACACAUCCAUUAAAAAUGACUACGAGAUGUCAUUUACCUCUGAGACAGUUGUCGAGUUGUGCAAUGAUGCCGAGGCAAGUGAUGUUCCCACAGUACAGUUUGAUUUCAAACAAAUCGGCCAGCUCGAAGACAUACCUAAAGACACAAUGGUCGACGUGAUUGGAGUGUGUAAAAGUUUCAGUGACGUAUCCACCAUAGUAACACGCAGCACAAACAGAGAGCUGAGUAAAAGGGAACUACACUUGGUUGAUGAUUCAGAAAAAGUUGUCACUUUGACACUUUGGGGAACAGAUCUAACACGAUUCUGGAUUGUGAGAACAAGAACCUUCAGCAAUUGUCCUGCAUCUUGGGCAACAUUUCAUGACGUACAAGUUGUCUGUGUGAUAUAUCGGACCCGAGAAGGUUUUGUAUACCUUAGACCCACUCACACCAUCCACUGGUAUGAUGGUGAAGGAAAUUGUAAAACAAUUACGUCAAUCUCUGAGCAAAGAACUGGAGGUGGUGGAGGUACAAAUUGGAAAAACUUUAUUGAAGUCAAAAAACAAGGUCUGGGAAGUGGAGAAAAGCCGGACUACUUUUCAUGCAAAGCCACUGUGAUAUUCAUCAAAAAAGAUAACUGUAUGUACAAAGCGUGUCCCUCUGCAGAAUGUAACAAGAAAGUAGUGGAGAACUCUGAUGGUAGCUACAGGUGUGAAAAAUGUGCGAAAGAAUAUCCAGACUUCAAGUACAGAAUGCUGUUAGUUAUAAAUACAGUAGACUUUGGUGAUGGCCAGUGGGUAACGUGUUUUCAGGAUCAAGCACAAGUUAUAUUGGGAGGAAAUACAGCUGAACACAUUGGUAGCCUUAAAGACAGUAAUAAUGAAUCAGAGUUUGAGGCGGUGUUCCAAGAAGCCAAUUUUAAGUCUUAUAAUCUGAGAAUGCGAAUCAAACAAGAGACGUACAAUGAUGAAACUCGUUUGAAAUGUUCAUGUGUUGAAGCCAAACCGCUUGACUACAAGGAGCAUAGCAGGAGGCUAAUCCAGGACCUCAAAACAAUGAUAUCAUCAUAAAAAAAAAGAAAAUCUAUCAACUUUAUCACAGUCAACACUGUGUUGAGGUUUCACAUGUAUAUAAUCAUGUCAGAUUAGGCAAAGCCAUUUGUCUUCUUCAUUACUGAGAUUAGACGGUGAUAAAGAUUAUACCAUCCUAUCUCUUUAGCUGAUGUACUGCCUUUGGUCAUAUGAUAUAGACAUAAUCGGUAAACCGCAAAGUGCAUUUUGGUAGAGAUGUAUUGUCCUAUAUGUGUUGUAACGUGUUGACAUCCACUGUGACAUAGAAAAACUUUCUUCUAAUAUAAAUAUAUAUACAUUUUUAUUAUUUCAAUUUUUUGUUAUUUACUCAUUGGCCAGGCUUGUUGAGGAACCUUUUUUCUACUGCUGUGAGUUGUCCUUGUAGCUAAUCAGAGGUAUGUUACGUUAACGUUGUACCGUCUUGUAAGUGAUGUGUUUAUCAUAUGUUCUCAUUCAUUUGCAUAUCCACAAAUGUGUAAGGCCAAAAUGCGUGUCAAACUCAGUCGUCUGUCUUGUUAAGGCCAGACUUUUAUUAUCCCUUGUUUCGCGAACCCGCCGAAUGAA